AUGCGUCCCACACAUGUCCAGACUCCUGUGUAUCAGACCGGAUCACCUAUUCUCCCAGAGUCCAGCAUCGUUGACUUGAGUACCAUUAUGAUCCGUGGCAAUGCCUCUAGUCAGGAUCUGCGCCAUGAUACCUCUUCACUUCCCGGUGGGAAAAAGCUCAUCGAUGAGAAUGCCACGCUCGCUGGACCGAGGCAUUGGAGUAACCUAGCAGGCGUAGAGCUGCCAUCUGAGACUAUGGUAUCAAUCCUGGUCGAUAGUUUUUUCUCUUCUGUUAACUGGUUCAUGAUGGUCUUCCACGAAGAUUUAUUUCGUCAACGAUAUACUGAAAUGUUACAACAGAGACAUAUCAAAUACCAAGGCACGACAUUCUACUGGACAUGGUUGCUCGUUGUAGCCCUUGGGGGACACUACGCUGCACUUAAGGAUCCUGACGACGAGAUGAGUCCUCAAUACCAGCAAAUAUCCCAAGAUCUCAUCAGCGUUAUUGAGACAAAUUUCUUACGCAUAGUUGGGUGUUCAACAAUUGAGUCUGUUCAGAUAUGUGUCCUUCUUGGUAGCUUUAUCUUCUACACGCGUCCUACAACUGGCCUAGGUAUUUGCGGUAUGGGUGUCAAAAUUGCUCAGGUAAUUGGCCUACACCGUGAGAGCUUCUGGAAAGAAACAUGUCAGCUAGCGCGAGAGAAAAAGAGGCGCACCUGGUGGACCUUGGAGGUUUUUGACAAAUACGCUGCAGUUGCAUUCGGGCGUCCAUGUAUCAUCGAUGACUCUGACUGUCAGGUCGAGAUGGUCUCAGACAUCGAGCUCAGUGGCGUCACUCAUGUACCAGCUCAACCGCUCAUCCUUUACCACCAACACAAGUUCCGUCUCUACAGAAUCAUGGGUGCAUUUCUAGGUCGAAAGAGACAACCAAAAACAUUCGAGUCGAUAGACACAAUACACCAGAGAAUGCUGCAGUGGAAACGCGACCUACCCGAAAAUCUUACCCUUCGUAGCCAGCUUUCAGCAGACCCAAAUGAGGUUGAGCCGACCAAGAUCCACGCUAUGAGUCUACAGCUCACAUACGACAAUCUACAAAUAAUUCUGCACCGCACAGCUGUUUUCAACAAUUUGGACGAGAUCUACGACUCUUUAACAAAUAGAAGUACAUCUCUUCAGCAAAUCUUCACCUCAGCUAUGGACACGUCUGAACUUUCUCAACAUCCCCGCAUCUUGGAUGCUUGUAGAAGAACCCAUGCAGACAUACAUGUUGGCAUCACAAUUUUCACAGCUGGAGUUGUUCUUUGCGCGAUUUGUCUAUCACAGCCUCUCACGGAGAUGGGAUCGCGUGCGAAGACGGGCGUUAUGCACAUUACGCGUAUGUGUCGUCAAACGACUACGUCUGGUGUCUAUAGUGGCCAACUCGUCGCGGAGCAGAGCCUGGGUAUUAUCGAUAGUCUUGUUGAAGUUAUAUUGCAACAGGAGAACGGUUUGAUCACUGGGAGAAAAGGUUACCGAGGCCUUAGUAACUCUCAAACAAUGCAAAACGCAGCACGUUCGGACCAAAGCUCCUCAUCGGCAGGCGGAUUGACAGGAUCAAGCACAGGCAGUACCACACUUCUUGAUCCUAAUGCGUCCAUGGGUGAUCGAGUCUUGGAAUCGAUUCAAGAAGUCUUUAGGCAACACAUUUCCACGCAAGGAAACACAAAAAUUUUGAGUGCAGAUACUAGCAAUGAUGCUACCACCUCGCCAAACCAGAUUAUCAGAGUACCGAAUUAUAAUGAACGUAACCAUCAUGCUACAGAUAUCUCUGACAUACGAAUCGUCAGGAGGGAGGAGUCCUACCAGGACAAGACUUCAAGGCGCGAAGAGAGGUUAAGAGAGGACAUGAAUCGGGAGGAGGAGAAGAGGGAAAUAGAGAGGGAAAUAGAGCGUGAACGAAGAAAAAGAGCUGAAAAAGCCAUUCAACGUGCCGAGAAGGAAGCUAAGGAGGCAGCGAAGGAGGCAGCGAAGGAGGAGAGGGCCGCAGAACGUUUGAAAGAUGGAAGGAAGAAACUUUCGUUGUCAGGGCACCAACAACUUACAGCAGCUUUUGCGAAAGCGAGCAAUAAGGAUUCAAUAUCCCGAGAUAACACAAUGGGUAAUAAAAAGUGGAUGGACAAUCUAUUAGCUACAGCAGGUGGAAGGGUAAGCAGAGGUCCGCAUUCAUAA